AUGCGAUUUUGGCAAGAAGCAUUAACAGUUAAAACUCCAGAAAAAACUAAUCAGCUUGCUAAAAGAUAUUGUGAAAGUUCCAGUAAUCAACUUAUUUAUCCACAGGGUUCUGUUUGUAUUAAUUCACGAUGCCAAAUUAAAGCAAAAUGUGGCCAUGUUGAUAUCCCAAAUUUAUAUUCAUCUGAAUGUUCAGAACAGUACUAUGGAAGGUUGUACAGACGAUACUAUGACGGGAGUGGAAUCCCAUCUGCUGGUUAUGUUCUACUUUUUGAUGGUUAUCAAGGAAAGAGCUGUACUGGUAAUGUAGCAGCUUAUGCGGCAUCUUGUUUAAUGGAUUCAGACACAGACAGACCAAUUCUUGGAUAUGUUAACGUAUGUCCAGGAAAAUUGAAGAUUGAUUAUCCUGAGAAUAGAUAUUCACUUGGAAUUUUCACUCAUGAAAUUGCUCAUGCACUUGGAUUCUCGUCCUCUAGUUUUGCAUUUAUGCGCUUUCCUAAUGGAACUGAACAAACUCCCAGAGAUCAUUGGCAUAAACCGAUUUACAGGGAUAAACAUGGUUAUUAUAUACCAAGCACUAAUACGAUGAUCAAAAUUAAAAGGGAAUGGGAAAGUGCAGAAGGAUUGUUUACAAAAGAGUUUUAUUCUUUCAUUACACCUGUUAUCUUGAGUGCUGCGAAAAAGCAUUUGAGAUGUGAAAGUUUAGAUGGAGUUGAUUUGGAAGAUUUAAAACAACGCGGUCCAAUUGGUUCUCAUUGGGAAGGGAAAACAUACGGAACUGAAUUAAUGACUGGAAGAAUAGAAGUAGACUAUGCUGUAUCUAAUAUAACUUUAGGUUACUUUGAAGAUUCAGGAUGGUACAUUGUUGAUUAUGGAAAAGCUAUGGAUUGGGAAUAUGGUAAAAGAUUGGGAUGUGAUUUUGCUAAAAAAAGUUGUUACGGAUUUGCUGAAAUUAAAAGAGGACAGAACAAAACAAUUCAUCCAUUCUGUGAUAAAAUUAAUUUAAUCACAUGUCGAGAUUUAUAUUCAUAUGGAAUGUGUCAUAUUGUUAAAUAUAAUUAUGAAAUUCCUCCUGAAGAUCGUUUUUUUAAAAAACCUCCAUUUGAAACUCCAUAUUCAGCUAAAUACUUUGGAGGUGAUGAUCCAUUUAAAGAUUAUUGUCCAAUACAAACU